AUGGGUAUGACUGGAUUUCCCUGUUCCCUUUGUGGUCACGUCUUCAGGAGUAAAUCCAACCUGAACCAACACAUGCGUAUCCACUCCGGUUACAAACCCUACUGCUGUGAAGUCUGCCAGAAAUCCUUCUACCGACGAACGGGCCUUCGAUCUCACAUGAUGACACAUAUGAAAGAUCUGCCGAAAGAAAGUCGUAGUAAUGUGUGUGAAGCUGAUAUUGUCAGGGAUAUACCGGAAACCAUGUCUUUGUUUAUCCGCCAACUUUGGUCAGUGCCGGACAAACAGAGUGGACAAGCCAACAAGCCCUGUCAAUACUGCGGUAAAACUUUCCCGACGAAUGCGAGAAUGAGACGGCACCUCUUGAUACACACCGGGGAGAAGCCCUUUCAGUGCCACGUCUGCCAGAAACGCUUUAAUGAUAAAAGCAACCUCAAGACUCAUAUGAUCACCCAUAUGAACACACAAUUUAAGAUCAUUGCAGACGAAGACCGUCUGUCCAACAGACGAUGUCAAUAUUGCGGAAAAGUGUUCGGGAAUACGUUCAAUUUGAAACGACACAUCUUGGUUCACACCGGAGAAAAACCAUACGAGUGCCAAACAUGUGGGAAACGAUUCAAUAAUCCAAGCAACCUUCGAUCCCAUGGAAUUAUUCAUAUGAAGAAGGGGUUUCCAUUUACGCUUAUAGGAUUUAUUGCGGCAGAUUUGUCUAAAACAUGCAGAUUCUGCGGUAAGGCGUUCCCUUCUAGAUAUAAUCUGAAGCGACAUAUGAUCAUUCACACGGGAGAGAAACCCUUCGAAUGUGAAAUCUGCCAUAGAAGAUUCAACAUAAGCUGCAACCUGAAGGCGCACAUGAUAACACAUGUGCAAGUAGUCCGUGCGCACGGCCAGAAGAAGGAAUUCAAGUGUGCAAGAUGCAGCAAGACGUUCGCCACUAACGCUUAUUUAAAGGCUCACAAGCAACGAGAGGAGAAGCUAACAGCAUUUUCAUGCGAUAAAUGUCCCUUCCGAGCAAUACAAAGAGCUGAACUAAAUGAGCACAUAUUAACGCACACGACACAGAAGGGUCAGGUCUGUCGUAUCUGUGGGAUUAGAUUCAAACAUAAGGCUUCGUUAAGGAGACAUAUCAAUCAGAAACACAGGCAUUGA